AUGGAGCCUCGAGCGGAAGAAAAGCAGGAAAAGGUCGAGGAUAACGUCCAGGUAUACUGUGCUUUUAGCAUGAUGUAGUGGUAGAAUUUCACUGACUGUUAUACGAGCAAAACUCUCGGUGGAUGGGGACGAGGAAUGGCGAGCGUAUGUAGCAAAGUAUGAUAACCAAACCGACGUAAGUGUAAAAGCCAAUGUGGUUUACGGAAAACUUGAGCUGACUGUUGCUUGCUUGUUGCUAGUAUCCUUUCGAAAUUAAUGACAUCGUGUGGAUUGUGAACCCCACUUACCGCUCUCCUUUAGGAGAAUUUCGCGUCACCAAAGCUCUCCCAGACGACAAAUUCGAGUUGGUCAAGGUCUCUGACGGUAGUCUUCAUCCAGAAAAGGUGAAUUCGAAGUAUUUACGUCGGGAUCCAGGCAUUGCUUAA